AUGAAGUUUAUACCGAGACGAAUAUUUCCCGAUUAUAAUAUCCCAUUGUCCAACUUCAAAGGUCAUCAUCAGAAGGCAUUAACGAGAUUUGGUCAUUUAGCACCUCAAAUCGAUCUAGUACUAGAAAUCAGAGAUUCAAGAGCACCAAUAUCAACUACAAAUGUUCUAUUUGACAAGAUACUAGGAAGAAAAGAAAAACUUGUCCUUUAUAGUAAGAAAGACUUAUCAAUAUUGAAAAGUCAUACUAUCAAAAAAUGGCAUGAAUCACUUAAUGAAAAAGUUAUGUUUAUAGAUUGUCGAAGUAAAAAUGAUGCUCGAAAAAUCAUUCAACAAGUAAAAGAUACAUAUGAUACCAUGACGAUGCCACCACCAUUAGGGUUAAGAUUAAUGAUCAUAGGUAUGCCUAAUGUCGGUAAGUCAACUCUUGUUAAUACAUUAAGGUUUGUGGGAUAUUCAGCGGAUUUGGAAGGUUCAAUAUCUACUAAGAAUAGAAAAGUUGCCAGAACUGGGGGUCAACCGGGUGUUACAAAAAGUACUAGUGAAAUCAUUAGACUUUCUAAAGAUCCUGAUAUUUUGGUUUAUGAUACACCCGGUGUGUUUCUUCCAACUGUUAAAAAUUGUGAAACCAUGUUAGCAUUAAGUUUGGUGGGAUGUGUUCAUAAUUCAUACAUAGAUCCGGUAAUACAGGCUGAUUACUUGCUUUAUAUCUUAAACUUACAAGAUCCUACAGGAGCACCAUACGCUGAUUAUAUUGAUCAUCCAACAAAUAGUAUAGAUGAAUUGUUAUUGAGUAUAGCCAAGUACAGAAAUCAAUUAAAAGCAGAUGGUACUUAUGAUGAAAUGGGAACGGCGCAACACUGGGUUAGUCUUUGGCGUCAAGGAAGGUAUAAGAAAUAUAGAGGUUUAUUCGAUUUGGAAGCCAUAUUAGAGAUAAAUGGACAAGAAUUGAAAAGCAUAUUUAAGGAAGAAAAUGAAAGAAUUCAAUCAAUGAAGGUAAAUGAAAAAAUAUUAAAUUUAGAUUCAGAUAGUAAACAUAGAAAAAGAACUGCUAAAGAUAGAGAAUUUGAUCUUAGAAAUAGAUUAUUUUAA